UUCAUUGUUUUCUAGAACUGAUUUCUAGAACACUUAUUCUGAGGAAAAUGCUAGAAAGGAAUAUGCUGUUCCUUUGUAUUGGUUUCACCCUUUGUUGACAUUAAAUGACUUAGUCACUAUGUGAUGGAAAUAAAGAGAUUGAUUCAUGGCAAUGUGACUCUCUUGUCACUUCUGGUUCCUUUUUUUCCUGCUAUAUAUCAAGACUCACGGCCCUUGGGAAGUGUUUCUGCAUUUAAAGAAGAACCUGAGAGAAAACCGGAUGCAGGAAGAAUGGGUAUCCAGACUGCAGGCAUCAAUAUCUUCCUAAGUCUUUGGAGGAUUUUUGUGUCUCCAAAAAGCCUUGGAUGGAGGGACUUUAUCCAGCAUUUGGGAGUUUGCUGUUUUGUUGCUUUUAUUUCAGUGGGCCUCCUCUCUGUGACCUUCUGCUGGUUUCUGUCAUCAACCAUAGCGUUCACCACCACCUGGAUGAUUAUGUGUGUCCUGCUAUGUUGCACCAAGCACGCACGGUGUUUCAUUCUUCUCGUCUUUCUCUCUUGUGGCCUGCGUGAAGGCAGGAACGCUUUGAUUGCUGCUGGCACAGGGAUAGUCAUCUUUGGACAUGUGGAAAAUAUUUUUCACAACUUUAAAGGUCUCCUGGACAGUAUGACUUGCAACCUAAGGGCAAAGAGCUUUUCCAUACAUUUUCCACUUUUGAAAAAAUAUAUUGAGGCAAUUCAGUGGAUUUAUGGCCUUGCCACUCCACUCAGUCUACUUGAUGACCUUGUUUCUUGGAACCAGACCCUGGCGGUCUCUCUUUUCAGUCCCAGCCACAUCCUGGAGGCACAGUUAAAUGAUACCAAAGGGGAAGUCCUGAGCGUCUUAUACCAGAUGACAACCGCCACAGAAGUAUUGUCCUCCCUGGGUCAAAAGCUACUUGCCUCCGCAGGGUUUUUGCUGGUCCUACUUGGCACUGGCCUCUUCAUGAAGAGAUUUUUAGGCCCUUGUGGUCAGAAGUAUGAAAACAUCUAUAUCACCAGACACUUUGUUCAGUUUGAUGAAAGGGAGAAGCAUCAACAGAGGCCCUGUGUACUCCCACUGAGCCAAAAGGAAAAGCAGAAGUAUGUCAUCAUCCCGUCUUUCUGGCUGACUCCUAAAGAAAGGAAAAACCUGGGACUGUUUUUCCUCCCCAUACUUACCCAUCUCUACAUCUGGGUGCUGUUUGCAGCUGUAGAUUAUCUGCUGUAUAGACUCAUUUUCUCAGUGAGCAAACAGUUUCAAAGCUUGCCGAGCUUGGAGGUUCACUUGAGACUGCACAGAGAGAAGCAAGGAACGCAAGACAUCAUCCAUGAUUCUUCCUUUAACAUAUCUGUGUUUGAACCCAACUGCAUCCCGAAGCCAACGCUUCUCCUAUCUAAGACCUGGGUUCCUCUCAGUGUUAUCCUUGUGAUAUUAGUGAUGCUGGGACUGCUGUCCUCCAUCCUGAUGCAGCUUAAAAUCCUGGUGUUAGCAUCCUUCUACCCCAGCGUGGAGAGAGAGCGCGUCCAAUACCUGCAUACAAAGCUGCUUAGGAAAAGAUCAAAGCAGCCAGUGGGAGAAGUCAAAAGGAAACUGAGUGUAUACCUCACAAAGAUCCAUUUCUGGCUUCCAGUCUUGAAAAUAAUUAGGAAGAAACAAGUAAACACUACAAGUGAAGACAGUCUGUGAGAGACCCCAGGUAGCUCCUCAGACCCACUGCCCCAGCAAUUCUCCUUAGGUCUACCGAGGGCCUAACCAUAGAGAACGGAAUGAUAGGGUCCCAUUGGGAGUCCGAGUCUUCAGGGCCUGGUUAUGCCUCUUUUUAUGGUAAAGCUCUGACAGGUAAACAGUUUAUGGGGUCUGACUUCCAAACAUACCACAUGAUCUGGUCUGUGUCAGUGUAGUAUGGGACUCUAACUGGGCUCCUUGGUGAUGGGUUUCAGCCUAGAGUAAUAGUCAAAGAAAAAACAUUAGAAACAAUUGAAAUCUCUACUACAGCCUCACAAGAAAAUGCCAAGGAGAACAUCCUUGUAUAAAGCCUGCAAACUAUCUUUAAACUCUUUGUCCUUCUUAAUAUCUUUCAUAGCUAUCACUCCCACAAUUGUCUCUCCUCCUGGCCCCUUAUUCAAAACUCCUUUCUGAAACCCACUUCCAGCUCCUCCUGGUUUCUUCUUACCAUCACCU